ACAUACAUACAGGUUCAUAACAUACAUGCAUGUUCAUAAGAUGUUAUGAAAAGUUGAAACCAUGUAUUUUUUUUGCUACUUUGGAUGUCAAUCUAGUAAAAAAAUGAAAAAAAAAAUGUGUGAUUGCUGUGACACGAACCUAAACGCAACUCCCGAUCUUCAUCACCUUAAGCUAUUUAUGCUGCUCAACAAGAAAAUGUGACAUGUUUUAAUUAAUAAAUGCAACUUCAAUAAUGGUCCUUGAAAUAAACAAGACGUACUUACUUUACACACACAAUGAUUAAGCAUCACGUUAUCCACACUAUAGAAUUAAGUUCGGUCACAUGUGUCCGGUAACACACCAACAUAGCACGUUUGUACUAGUUGAUGCCCAAAUUCCAAAAUAUGUAUAUGUGCAAGUAUAUGUCAUGUGAUGAUGUAAAUGUAAAUGUUAUUAAUCUUUAUAUUGUCUAAAUACAUUUUAGGCUUUUAAAUAUGUGUCUUUUUUCUUUGACAUCUAAUUCUAAGGUAUCCCCACCAACUUUCACUACUAUAAAAACAUGCCAGAUUCUCUAUAAACACGGACAACUCUGCAGUUGUACUCUUAUCUCUCUCAUUACACUUUUAUGUGUGUAUCUAUAUCUAUAUAUUAUAAUAUUAUAUAUGCAUGAAGACUUCAAUGUCUCGAAUCAAAUCCUAUAUGUCCAUCAUAUACAAGCAAAUCAUGCCAGACUACAGUCAAAUCAACCUUGUUGUUCCCAUGGUAAUGGAGGAAAUGAAGAUGAUGUCAUCGAUCGGCUUCCCGCUCUUCACGAUGGGGUUAGUAAGUUAUCUGAAAAACAUGACGUCAGUUGCAUGCAUGGGACGGUUAGGGAGACUUGAGCUAGCCGGAGGUGCGCUAGCGAUCGGAUUCACAAACAUAACCGGCUAUUCGGUUCUGUCAGGGUUAGCUAUGGGGAUGGAGCCGCUUUGCAGCCAGGCUUUCGGUUCAAGAAACUUACACAUGGUUAACCUAACCCUACAACGAACCAUCCUCAUGUUAUUAUUCGCAUCACUACCCAUCGGGAUUCUAUGGGUUAACCUUGAGCCAAUCAUGCUUAAACUACACCAGGACCCUGAAAUAACACAUGUUGCUAGUUUAUACUGUCUAUAUGCAGCCCCUGAUCUUCUUGUUAAUUGCAUUCUAAACCCUUUACGUAUAUUUUUACGAAUCAAUGGCAAAACAUGGCCAUUAAUGUGGUGUAGUUUACUGUCAGCGAUAUUACAUUUCCCGAUCACCAACACGUUAGCCUUCAACCUUAACCUAGGGAUUCAAGGGAUUGCGUUUUCAACGAUUAUAACCAACUUGAGUACAUCGGUUUUCAUUCUCGGCUAUAUGUUUUUCACUCAUACCCACAAGUCUGAACCAUGGUCCGAACAAGAGUCAAUAGGCGAAGGUUGGGGUGUGCUAUUCCGGCUCGCGGUUUCCAGCUGUUUAGCGGUUUGUUCCGAAUGGUGGUGGUAUGAAUUAAUGACGUUUCUGAGUGGUUAUCUUCAUAAACCGUACAUCGCUUUAGCUACAUCUGCUAUAGUGAUCCAAACAACGUCUUUAAUGUACACAUUGCCGUCAGCGCUUAGCAUGUCGAUAUCGACGCGGGUUGGGCAUGAGCUCGGGGCAGGAGAACCGGGUCGGGCCCGUCUGGCAACGCUAGUGGCAAUCGUACUGGCGCUUUUAACGUCUGCUUUUGGGUUGUUGGGGAUUGCGUUUGGAAAAGAAGCAUGGGGGAAAGUGUUCACAAGUGAUAGUGAAGUUUUAGAGUUAACGAUGGCGGCUUUACCGAUAAUUGGAGUGUGUGAGCUGGCAAACUGCCCACAAACCACGUGUUCUGGUGUUCUUCGCGGAAGUGCGAGACCGUCUAUUGGUGCGAGAAUCAAUCUGUGUUCGUUUUACUUAGUGGGUACACCCAUAGCCGUAAUUUUAGCGUUUGUGUGGCCGUUAGGGUUUUUGGGGUUGUGUUAUGGGCUGUUAGCAGCACAGGUGGCAUGUGUUCUGUCGAUAUUGAUGGUGAUAUACAGGACAGACUGGGAGAAAGAAUCAUUGAAUGCAAGACAGUUGGUAGGAAGAAGUGAAUAUCGAAUAAUGGAAUGUGAGCAAGGGAUCGGAUUUAUUUAGUUAUAUCCGCAUAUAUGUACAGAAAUUGAAAUCUGUUUUAGUAUUUCGUAAGUCAGUGUCCUACAGCAUAUGGUAUGCACUGUGGUAUGUAUGUACUGAUCCUUCCUACCCAUAUCUCUCAUUUUAUUUCAUAACGAUAAUACGAUAUGAAUUUUGGUUUCACAAAA